AACAACCAGACCCUGAUCAUCAUACCUCCCUUUGUAAGUCAUUGAUCGGGUGCCUCUGAUACCGUGUCACUUGCCCUCGCUGACAAUCAUCCUCUUUAGCCUCCCGUGCAGUGCAAGGGAAUCUGCAACAUGAAGCACAAGUGCUACUGCUCCAAUACUGCUUUGACCCAUUGCCGUUGCCCCAGGAUUGGCUUCCCAUGCUCGUGCACACGCUACCUCGAUAGCCCAGCUGCCCGACUGGAAAGCGCGGACUCGAACACCACCUCGACCCUGAACACCACCCCGGCUCUGGACACUCGCUCGGCCUCGGAGACUGCUGAAGAAGGGUUGGACACCACCGAGGACUCGGACACCAACGAGCAGUUGAAUGCCAACGAGGAAGUGGAGAGUACCCCCGUAUCACAUCUCGCUCAAGCGCCUGCCGGGCCUUGCAAGGGUCGCUGCACUAUUCAUGGGAAGUGUAUGUGUGGAGGAUUGACCAAAUGUACUUGUCGCCACGCUGGCAAGACCUGCUCGUGCGUCAACUAAAAAAGCUGUCUUUGGAAUCGCUUCUUGGCAUGUUUGGAGGAUGCUUAGAGUGAUUAGACUUGCUUUGGAACUUUAGUGUUGUUGUUAUCGUUGUUGUUGAAGCCUUGGAACUGUGCUGUGCUGUUUCCUCUGGCAAAAGUUGUUGUUGUUAUGCGUUGCGAUCGGAUGAUGUGUCUACCAUGUUAACCUUUGUGGCAC